GGUUGGAUUGUUGGCUGAGCUGACAAAAAUCGAAGUUAAUUGGUUUGUAGCUCGUAUUGCAUGAAUAUUACUAUUCCUCGUGAAAAAUAAAGGGAGAGCUCCAGAGCUGAAGAGCUGGCUAGCAAUUGCUAGCUCUGAUUGGCCAGUGGAGCUGACUGAGAUAAUCGGCGGAUAUUUUCCGGCCAAGAAUCGUCACCUCGCCCAUUUGCACCUCAUCUCGUCAAGCAUCACUCAGCACAGGAGAAUAAUGGCAACCUAUUCCUCAGUCGGCGAGACUCUCGCUCGCGAAAACCUCACAGACCAUGCCUCCGCCGCCUCAACACAGAAUCUGAAUUCCUGGUCAGGAAAAUAUCGCGGGGCAACCGUCGAAGACUUGGAUCCCCCUCCAGCCCUCUCCGUGUCCCCAAACGACUCCAUCUCCUCCGCGCUUCUAACCGCCUACGAACGAGACUAUAGCCAUCUCACAGUGAUAUCAUCCAGCAGCCGCGCCUUACUCGGCUAUCUAAGCAUCCCACGCCUCAAAACGCUCCUUCGCGAGGGUAAAGUUUCCGAAUCCGAUCCCGUAAAAGCAGCCAUGCAACGAUUCAAUCGUAAAAAAUCAAAUAUUUAUACGGUUAUUACCAUGGAUACACCCUUGGAAGAAUUGGAGAGAUUUUUCAAGGGGGAGCCUAUGAACCCUACAGAAGGGAGACCGACGACGGGGAUGGGAAAACAAGAUUUUGCGAUUGUGACGGAUCCGACGAGGAAAUUUGUACUGGGUGUUGUGACGGAGGGGGAUUUGCAGGAAUUUGUUAGGAGGAGGCCUUGACUUUUUUCCCCCCUUCCCUCAACUAGAGAUUGUGUGGAUUUAUGAUACGAUACCCCUACUAUCUUGGAAGGUAUAUGAAUGAUGAAUGAAAACUCGCAUGUUUGACAUAUAG